GCUCCAGGAGCGCCAACAGACCGUUCAAAAUUUCACCUUUCCUUCCCCUCUAUGCUAUUCCUCUCAUCUGGGAGCGCUGUCAGUGUCAGCCACAGGGGCUCUCUCUGCGAGCGUCACCAGAACCAGCUACGGAAACCGUCACGGCAAUGGAACCUAAUCAAACCUUAAUCUGAAUUUCUUCGGCCUUUCGGACGUUUCUGUCUCGUAUUUUUAGUGUUCCCGUAUUCCCCAUUCUGCGCUUCUCCCCUAUAGAAAUGCCGUUGAGAUCCGGACAUGGACAGGGAGGCUAACCUUCCGGUCGCGCCUGGGCCUGCGAGGAAUCUGAUCCGUCCUACCGCGAAGCCACCAGAUACGACGUCGUCUUCCUUUUCGUCUUCUCCGCCGGACUUCCUCCGGAAUGUCCAGGCCGCCUUCAAGCGCCAUCGGCCUCUUGGCACAGGGCAGUCCGACAUUUUAAGGCCUAGGCGGAUAUUGGUUCCCCAACGUGAAGGGUCAAGAAGUUCGGCUUCUAACGUGGGUCCAAUGUUAGAUACUAAGAAGUCUCAGGAUGUGGUUUCAUUGAGCCAGGGUCACAUGGCGAAGGACUCAAUUGUAGGAACUAAAAGCACGGCAACUGUUAUGGGGGAAACCCAAGAAGAUGCAUCCAUUACUCCACCUUCCAUUUUGGGAACUACUACCAAAACCUUUGACGAGAGCUUGCAUCAAUUUGAUGCACGGAGAGAUCAACCCAAGCCCAUUACUGAUUGUCAGGAUAACGAUCCAAUGGCUUCAUUACGUGGAGAAUCUCAAGACCCUGGUGGUCAGAAAAAAGGGGCCGAUGAAGGAAUGGCCACUGGAUUGGAGAACUUAUCAUCUCAUAUGGGUUCACUUGCAUUGACAGAAAUGGAAUGGAUUGCAAGCAGUCAAGUGGAGGCAUCGACCAUUGUUAAUCAUGACUCAAAGCACCGGAAUUUUCAGAACACAGAAUCAGAGAUUAGUUUGAGAUCUGAUGGUGGGAUUACUUCUUUGUUGGCAAAGAGAACCACGGCUGUUCAGGAUCAGCUGCACCAGUUCAAGAACUUCUUAAGCCAGCCUGCUACUCAGUCUUCAGUUGUUGGGCCAUCUUGUGCUACCACCACAUCUGUCCAUUCAACCUCGGCACCCAUGCUUAAUUUAACAACCUGUAGCUCUCAUUUGCAUCGAGACAGCAGUUCUCAUGUGGCCGUAGAAUCUUUGGGAGAUUUUAACAAGAAUGCUUCUUCCGCAAGUCAAGGAAAUAUGGUGAAGCUGUCCAAUCCUUCACCAAAGGACACCUCUGGAAUGUUAAUUGGCCAGGCAUCCAUAGCAGCCAAAGCUUCUAACUCUGCCAUGGAUAUCCGAAUGGAAGUGAAGGAAUAUGACCUGUCCAAGGAGCGACAAAACAGAGUGCCAAAAGAAAGUAAUGCUCCUGAAAAUCCUUCUCUGCUUGACGAUAAGUCAACAAAAGGAUAUGCUGGUGAUGUUACCAACGUACAAUCUCAACCUCCCUUGUCCAAAAACACAUCUUCAAAUGCGAAAUUGGAGUCUUCUAAAUCAGAAAAACAAGAAAGAGUUGCAAGUGGGAAAGGUACAUCAGCUCCUCGUAAACGGAAUUAUGAUCCCGACUUGUUCUUCAAAGUCAAUGGCAAGCUCUAUCAAAGGCUUGGAAAGAUAGGUAGCGGAGGAAGCAGUGAAGUCCACAAAGUGAUUUCAGCAGACUGUACAAUCUAUGCAUUAAAAAAAAUAAAACUCAAAGGCCGCGAUUAUGCCACUGCAUUUGGGUUCUGUCAAGAAAUUCAGUAUUUAAAUAAGUUGAAAGGAAAGAACAACAUUAUACAGCUUAUUGACUAUGAGGUGACAGAUAAGGCCUUGCUCCAGGAAGUCAUGAACGGAUGUAUGAGUAAUAAAGAUGGCCGAGUCAAGGAUGAUGGUUAUAUAUACAUGGUGCUCGAAUAUGGGGAAAUUGAUUUGGCACACAUGCUAUCACAAAAGUGGAAGGAAAUGGAUGGAACCAAUCAGACAAUGGAUGAUAAUUGGCUCCGCUUCUACUGGCAGCAAAUUCUUCAAGCUGUAAACACUAUACAUGAGGAACGUAUAGUGCACUCUGAUCUGAAGCCAGCUAACUUCCUACUUGUCAAGGGUUUCCUAAAGCUGAUUGAUUUUGGUAUUGCAAAAGCUAUUAUGAGUGAUACUACCAACAUCCAGAGGGAUUCACAGGUGGGUACACUGAGCUACAUGUCUCCAGAGGCAUUUAUGUGCAAUGAGAAUGACGCAAAUGGAAAUAUCAUAAAGUGUGGUCGGCCAUCAGACAUAUGGUCUCUUGGCUGCAUCCUUUAUCAAAUGGUAUACGGAAGGACCCCCUUCUCAGAGUACAAGACAUUUUGGGCCAAGUUCAAAGUUAUAACAGAUCCAAACCAUGAGAUUAUUUAUGGACCAGUUCCUAACCCCUGGCUUCUUGAUCUCAUGAAGAAGUGUCUCGCAUGGGACCGUAAUGAAAGGUGGAGAAUCCCUCAGCUGCUUGAACACCCUUUUCUUGUUCCACCGGUUCCACCUUGUCUAACAUCAUCUCAAGAACAAAGCUGUAAACUGGUCAGACUAAUUGCUGACACAUGUGCCAGUGACCAGGAAGCUUCCAUGCUGUGCUGCCAGCUUGAGCAACUGCUUAGGGAACCAGAUCUGGAAACGGCAGCUCAGUUAUUAACAUCACGAGACCAACAAUGCCAGUUGCUAUCCCAAAUGUCAAAACUUUGCUUUCAACUCCAUGAACGAUUAGCAAACUCAACAGGGUAAGUCGAGAUAUGGGAAAUGGAUCAUUCUUGGUUACGUCGGCUUAUUCCCCAUCCUUUUGUAAGGAUAAUUGAUCGGGUUAUCAUGUUCUUUCCACAUGAGGAAAAAAAAGAAGCAGCUAUUUGGCACCCCUAAUAGUCAUUGUAUUAGUUUCUGCAUAGAUGAUGAUCAUGUGGGAGGACAAGAAACUCAACACAUUCUGUAACCAAUUAUGUAUAGUAGGAUUGCACUCAUUCCCUUUUCAGAUCCAACCGAGUAGAUAAUCUGAAAUCAAGGGCUGAUGGUGCAAAAUCUUGAUUCUUCCUUUGAUUUCAAGACGUUUUCAUGCUUA